AUGAACGCUGUGAAUCACUUCAUCGACGACGAGGGUCACUACAUCAAGCCACAUACAAUCCUCGACACCAGCGAUGCAGCAGUAGUUGUCCAUCGGGAGGACGCGGCAAUCAAAAUGACGACUGUGUACAAGCAUGACACGUUGGAGAAGGUAGAAGAGAACCGCAGAAAAAUCCGAGCACGGCCCAGCGCCGACCUUCAAAGGCACUGGUUCCACCAGCUGACAAUCGGCCUUCACAAUCUUCACCAACAUUGCAUCAUCCACGGUGAUAUUCUAACUCGCAACAUUCUGCUGGAUGGUUCGUUGAACCUCGCAAUAUGUGACCUCGGUGCGUCGAGUAUCAUGUCUAUCGGUACAAUCAUGCUGGAUAGGGUGGAUGGGUACAAUUGCUCCAUCUGGACGGAUAUCUGCCAACUUGGUCUUGUCUUCUAUGAGAUUGUCACUGGGAGAGAGGCCAGUAUCAGCUUAUAUGACAACAGUGGGGGUGGCAACUCUGUGGCCAGGUUUCCAUCCCGGGAUAUCCUUCCUGUUUUGGGAAAGCGAAUCUAG